UCGAUAAGCCUCUCUGACCUUUGGGGGCUUCUUGUGUACCCCGCGGCAGCAGCCCCACUCUCGGCAUGAAGGAGCAACUUCGGAGUUGAAAUGUGAAUGAACUGCCCACCCUCGUGGCCCCGAAUUGCGCCUGCCGCAGAUUACCAAUUCACACUGUUCUUGACCAACGGGGCAUCCAUCUGUGCAUCAUGGCUGAGGAGUCGAAACAGGUCGAUCCGACCAAGGAGCGCGGCGCCGAAGAAGCUGCGGAGACCCUCGCAAAUGUGAAGAACAAGCUCGCCGCUGCCGCCGCCGCCGAGUCGGAAGGGGAGUCGGGUUCUGAAGCCGAGGAUGCCCCAGUCCCAACGACAUCUGGCGAUGGAGCGGGGAAAAAGAAGAAAAAGAAGAGCAAGAAGAAGAAAGUCAAGCAGGCCCUAACUGAAACGCUGGGCCUGACCUCGGCGCAGCAGGCGGCCGCAGCAGCGGAUCCCAAGAAGGCGAUCGAAGGCUUGACACCCCAGCAGAUCAGCGAGUUCAUCGCCCUAAACCCGGCCCUGGCGAACGAGCUCAUUGGCGGCGGCGAGGGUUCCUCGGACGUCACCGCUGCCGCUGUCGAAGCCUUCAAGAAGCUCAAGCUGCAGGAUAUCAUGACGGGUCUGGCGAGCAGCGGCAAGAAUCGCAAGGACAUGGCGUCCUACAAGUUCUGGAGCACCCAGCCGGUCCCGCAAUUUGGGGAGGACGACGCGAAACUCGUCGAAGAGGGGCCUCUAAAGAUACAGGACGUCAAGGAUAUCCCCACAGAACCGAUACCUCUCGCCCUGGAGCCAUUCCGUUGGGUGACUAUGGAUCUCACGAACGACGCGGAGCUGGAAGAAGUCGAGAAGCUACUGUACGGUCACUAUGUGGAGGACGACGAAGCCAUGUUUAGGUUCAAAUACUCGAAUUCGUUGUUGCGCUGGUCGCUUCUAUCGCCGGGCUGGAAGAAAGAAUGGCAUGUCGGCAUACGCAGCGGUAACACCCUGUGUGCCUUCAUCUCGGCUAUUCCCACCCAGAUUCGCGUGCGCAACAACGUCAUCCGGGGCGCCGAGGUCAACUUCCUCUGCGUACACAAGAAGCUGCGGGGCAAGAGACUUGCACCUGUGCUCAUCAAGGAGAUCACAAGGCGGGUCAACCUCGAAGGGAUCUGGCAAGCAAUCUAUACCGGCGGUAUCGUGCUUCCUCGGCCGGUGAGCACCUGCCGAUACUAUCAUCGCGCCUUGAACUGGAUGAAGCUGUACGAGGUGGGCUUUAGUCCGUGCCCGCCGAACAGCAAACCCGCAUACCAGGCUCGGAAAUACGUCGUGCCCGAGAACACGUCGACACGCGGGCUGCGGGAGAUGGAGGCCAAGGACCUGGCGGCCGUCCAAGAUCUGCUCGAGCGAUACCUGAAGCGGUUUGAUCUCACCCCGGAGUGGGACAGGUCGGAGGUCGAGCACUGGUUGCUUCACAAGCGGGAUGGCCCCGGGGAGCAGGUCAUCUGGUCAUACGUUGUUGAGGAUGCCAACGGCAAGAUCACGGACUUCUUCUCCUUCUAUUGCCUGGAAUCGUCGGUCAUCCAGUCGCCGAAGUACUCAUCUAUCCGCGCCGCCUACCUGUUUUAUUACGCGACCGAAGUGGCCUUCACGGCUCCGGGGGACCGCUCCGCGUUGAAGACGCGCCUGAACGCCCUGAUGGCCGAUGCCCUUAUCCUUGCUAAGCGGUUGAACUUCGACGUCUUCAACGCGCUUUCGUUGAUGGACAACUCGCUGUUCCUGGAGCAGCAGAAGUUCGGACCGGGUGACGGUCAGCUGCACUACUACCUCUUCAACUACAAGGCGAACCCGAUUCACGGCGGCGUCAACAAGCGGAACCAGUUGGAAGAGGGUGUCUCUAGCGGGGUCGGAUUUGUUAUGCUCUGAUGCGGGGCAGCGCCGGAGGGAUCGAGGGUGUUCGGCAGGGCGUCAGAAAGAAGACCAGACUCGGAAGACAGGGCGCCGUUGGCUGCUACUGGUGCUACACUUACGCCGACCCAUCUCAU